UAACGGCCGAUAACGGGGUCGGGACGGCGCUUUUGUAAAUGGGCCGUGUACGAUGUGAGCACCAGAAGGACCAGCGGCUGCUGUUUUAAAGGAUGCGUGUGUAUUUUGCCGCUUUAUUUCCUUACAUUUCCAGUUUUGUCGGACUGCUUCCUGCGUGCCCCAACAAAACGAGGGGGUUGAAGAAUUGCGGCUAAUAACUUAGCUAGCAUGCUAAUCUGCCCUAUAUAUUCAUAUUCAACGAUAAGUCUGUAUACUCUGCAGAACUAGCUGUCGCUUUAUCGUAUAUAGUCUCAAAGACGCUUUUGAGUUAUGGUGAUGCCUUUUGCAUUGUAGAUAUUUUAUUUCGAUAGCUCACUCCUGGAAUGCUGCUAUAAAGUUUUAAUAGCCAUUUAGUUAAGCUCAGUCUUGGAUGUAACAUUAAGGAUAAAUAACAUUGUUUUGCACCCUUAAAUGGGUAGUUUUGCCGGCUGCAUCGGGUUGUUUGCUAACUUGUUUAAGUCUUUGUUGUUAGGACACAAGCUAGCUCGCUAGCAGGGUUGGUAGCUGUGUUAAGGGCAGUGUGGCCAGGCCUCGCGGCUGUACUGUACUGACAGGAGAGAUGAAAACAAUAGAUUAGCCUGCUCCCUUGCUAGCUCGCUAACCACCAGCGUUUAAUACUGUUCCGGUCAAUUAGCGACCCUUUCUUUGAUAACGCAGUAGCGGCUGAGACUGAGCUCGCAGAGUUUGGUAUGCAUUUUGCAAUAUUAUUUUAUUUGCCAAAUUUCCUGUUUGGCAGAACAUCCUGUCUUGCUGUUUCACCACCAGCCUAAAGUGUUUUCAGCAGUUAGCUUCAAAUAGGUUGUCAUUUAUGGCUAAGUAUUGUUAAUUAUAAUGUAGUUGCAGUGGCUUGUUUAUGGACAUUGAGGUGGACAACAGAGACAGAGGAACUUUUUGAAGAAAUGUUCAAGCUGCUUAUGAACACCUGCAAGCAAACUUUCACAAGGUUUCACCGUUGUUCCUUAAAUUCACUGAGCGCAGCAAAUUCAAGUAGGUGUUGAUACUGUCAAACUGCAACCUCUUGGUUUGUGACCCCUCAACACCCUCAAAGUCCAGUGAAGGGCUGCUCAGUGACGCACUGCAAUGUCAGAGACUCUGAUAACAGGGCAGACAUCGGAGGAUCUGUUGGCUGACUUUGAGACUUUGCUGAACUCUGGGAGUAUUGACCUGGGCGAGGACCACCAGAUAGUGAUCAUCACCAGCCCCAGCAAUGAGGGACUCCACCCGGCCGCUGCUCCCACCAGCACGGGGGAAAUCCUGCUGUUUGCCACGCCACAGGGCCCCGCUGACGUGGGGAUUCAGGACAAGAGACGACCGGCUCUGGGAAGACCUCCGGUAAAGAGGAAGCUGGACCUGGACAGUGACCAUCAGUAUGUCAGCACCGCUCGACCGUCUGUAGGCCAAGCUCCACCCUCCACACCUGCCCCUCCCAGAGUUCCUCGAACCACGACGGAGAAGUCACGGUACGACACCUCCUUGAACCUAACCACCAAGCGCUUUCUGAACCUGUUGUCCCAGUCAGCUGACGGCGUGGUGGAUCUGAACUGGGCCUCGCAGGUCCUGGACGUCCAGAAGAGACGCAUAUAUGACAUAACCAACGUCCUGGAGGGAAUCCAGCUCAUCUCCAAGAAGUCCAAGAACAACAUCCAAUGGCUUGGUAAUCGAGUUGAUACGGCACUGGUUUCCCGACACAAGGAGUUGCAGAGGGAGGUGUGUGACCUCACAGAGGCGGAGGAGCAAAUGGACGAACUCAUUUCCAAAUGCAACCUACAGCUCCGGCUGCUCACGGAGGACCCACAGAACAAGAAGUUGGGUUAUGUGCGGUGCCAGGACUUAAGGAAGUCAUUUGAUUCCCCAGACCAGCUGGUGAUGGUGAUCAGAGCGCCACCGGAGACCCAGAUGCAAGUCUCAGAACCCAGCAAGGGUUACCAGGUGUCGCUGAAGAGCACGCGGGGUCCAAUCGACGUCUUCCUCUGUCCAGAAGACAGCUCCGGCGUCUGCAGCCCCGUGACAGGAAGUAGUCCCUCGAAACCCAACGCUGACCCCUCCCUGGUCCCGUCCCCCACACAACCCGCAGAACAAUCGCAAGCAAGAACGUCCGCAGCCGCCCUGGAAGUGGGUUUAUCGUCGUCGCCAGAGUCCACGCCAUCCACAGUGACAGCAGCCUCCCAGCAGGAGCCCUCGUCACUGGGGUUAGGUGGUGACACAGAAUCGCUCCUGGGAGGAGACCCGUUUGCCAGCCUCGGAGACAUGCCCGAUUUUGACCUUUCGCCCCUCUCCUCCUCGGACUUCCUGAACGGGGAGGGCCUCUCUCUCCCGCUGGACGGGUUCAUCAACCUGUCCCCCCCUCACAGCCACGACUACCACUUUGGACUGGAGGACCACGAAGGCAUCAGCGAACUGUUUGAUUGUGACUUUGGAGACCUAUCACAGGUUUUGGGGGACAGUUAAAUGAGAAAGGAGAGGAGGAGCCUUCCAGGUCUUUGCCUCUGUUCCCUGGGGCUUCUAAAGGACGACUGGAAAUCAACAGGUUAUGGACGAAUCUUUGACAAAAACCCUGACAUAAUGUUGUGGGUUAUGGGAAAAUGUUUUGUGUAGUAAUUGGUCGUGAUCUGCAAAAUACUACCCCAACUACAAAAAUCUCAAAAAGUCCCCUAAAUUGUACAGCACAUGAUCAGCACUUCUCUUUGGCCAUUGGAACAUCUGAGACCAAGACUUUAGCUUUAGUAUAGCUAUUUAAAUUAUUUAUAUGAAUUUUAUUUUGAUAUUUUUACCAAGUAAGGGUUUCGUUGUUGUUAAUGUUUUAUUCAAGUGAUUGUGCAGGUGUCUGAGUGCGGAGUACGGACUCAUCGGGCUGGUUUCCUUAACACUGAUUGGCUGACGCGCUACAGCUCAUGAGGCUGGUUUCUGAGGUGGCUCGAGUCUGAGGUGUUUUCUCCAAAAGAGAAACGUUCGCAGGCCGAAGCUGCGUCCAUGAAACCGGUGUUAUGAGGAGUGCAGAUUAAGUGCUGGGUUGUCCAAAAGCAUCUUAGAGCCGCGGUGCAGUUUCACACUCUGUCCACAAUGAUAGAGGUCAUUAUAAGCACAACCAUGAAGGCUUCUCCAUCGAUAAUUACAGUACGUUUUGUCUGAAACACUGGAGUGCUGAAAGGCUGGUUUCUGUCUGUCUGACAGUAACAUUCAAGGUAUAAUUGGCCCAACUUCCUGGCAAGAUUUGCACAUGUUCCACAUUCUCCCACAGUGGACCAACAAUAGUUUGUAAUAAGAAGCUAAAGGUCCAUUAUAUAUUUGCCCUCCAAAUGCACUGACCAUGAACUAAGAUGCUUUCGGGGAGCUUGACCUUCAUCUUUCUUCAAAUAAACGAUAACGCAGAGGUUUGCCGUGACAUUUUGAACAUUUGUUAUUUUUCUUCAAAAGGCACGUUUCCUUUGGUCAUGUGGAGAAAAGCCAUUUAGAGAGUCCAAAGGACCGAGAUAGAGACUCCACAGCGUGACAGGUAAUGUGGUUUUGAAGGAAAGAUAAGGGGUUCAAAUCUAGAAGGUCCAGGUAUGUUUGAUCGGUGCGGCGGAAACCAGGCGAUCGUAGUUUGCUGCAGUUAAGUGUAAAAACGUAUACUGAAGAUGUUCUCCAGUAGUUAGCUAGGCGUUUAGCCAUAGUCUCAGGUGUUUGGAGCAGAGCAAAGUCUUAAAUCAAUGUUUUCGAUGCAAACAUGGAUGGGAGUGUAGCCGUUUUAGAAGCAUGUCACGGGUGUCGCGUAGGUUGACAGUAGGUUUUUACAGGUUUAGAAAAUGCUUGAUGACUGAGUGUGUGGGUUGGUUUUGUGUGUGUGUUUGUGUGUGUUUUUCGUUCCACUUUUCCAACCAAGAGUUCAAGUGAGAAAAGUUGACCGGAUGCCUGGAGGUGAAUGCUCCUAAAACCACCCACCUGUUAUUUCUACAUGUUAUCAUGUAGGGACGCUCCCCGCAGGCUCAGCUGAUCCUCACAAACCCUGAACUCCACACCGAUUCCCAAAACGCUGGAACAACACAGCGUUGUUUUACAAUUCCAAUCAGUGCGAAGCAGCGAUGCCUUCAGGAAGGGUGAAGUGGAAGUGAGACAUCCCAUCAUGUUAUAUGCACAGAAAGUCAGCGCUCAUGCCUUAAAUCAAUGACCGCUACCGUGUGAAGGAAGAUACCUGGGAUAUCUUAUCUUAGCUCACAAAGUAUCCAUUCUUUCUUUUUUUUUCUACAAUAGUCCUGUCAGGCUCCCUCCUCACCUGCUUCGUACCACACUGAUUUUCAGUUUAAAUAAGCAGCAAUAACAAAGAUGUUUUCCCAUCAUGUACUCAGAGUAUGAGAUGAGAAACUCUCCGGCUGUGUGUCUGUUUGUUGUACUUAGAAAUGUCUGCGUCAAACUUUUUUUUUUUUCUUGUUCUAAGUAAUGUAAGCUAACACGUUUUUACAUUCCUGAAGUAUUGGGUUUUAAUAUGUGUGCGGGUGCAUGUGUGUGGAAAAUACAAAUUGUUUUGUUGUAUUGCGUAUUUAUUGAAACAAAAAGGGUUUGAAUAGAAAAAAAAAUGGUACAACAUUUUUGCUUUCGUUUUCUGGCAGGAAGCGACUUUGCAUCGAUUAAUGUGUCCUUGAGUGGUGAAUAGAAGUAUUUUGUUUGUAAAUUAGCAUCUCAUUAGUUUUAUAUUUUACUAUGUCUUUGUCCCCUCAUAGAGAAUAUAUUUCCCUUUCUUGUGCAUGUGCAACCUUUGCAUUGGUUAAUGAUGCGACAAAAAUAUUUUUCUAGAGGAAAAUCUUCACCAAUACAGUAUAUUGGUCGCUUUGACUGAACGGACCAAUGUGUAACUUAAUUCUCCGUAUCUUGUCAGCCUUCUCUGUCACAUCAGUUUGGUUUAAAGAGAUCUUGAUGUUGCAGGCAACAUUGCUAAUCUAAGGUUGUACAUGUAUCAUAGUGUAGCCUUUUGGUGCCUCAAACUGUCGUGAAUGUGUGAAAACCUUCUGAGUCGUCUUUUGUUUCCUGAAAUGUUUCCUUCAGGUCUUCGGAAACCUGAAAAUCCAGCGUAUAAUUUCGGCAGCAUCUGAAAGGUUUUAAACUGACAGCAGCGCUACAAGCCACGACAAUGUUCGGCUUCCUUUAUAACCCGUGUAACUGUUAGAACGUCAUAUUAUCUGUUUGUCUUGGCCUUGAACUUCAAUCGGCGGUUGAACUGAUCAACAUUACUUGCAGAAUGUGAGCAGUUCAUCUUGUCCAUCUUUGUGAAAUUUGCGUCUUGUCGUGGUUCCCUGCAGGACUAAUGCAGUGCCUUGUUAAGGUAGAAUAUUAAUUGUCGAUGUAUUGUCAGAUCAGGAUUUCUUUUCGCGUGCGGCCAUGGUGACGGAAUGCAAUGUUUUCAGGUGUUUUGUGUGGGUUUUGUCAGAUAACGUUCGUACCAGGGUUGAAGUCAAAUCACCUUCGGGUAAAACUCAGAUACGUCUGACGCGUAUCUGUGGGAAUUGUAGGAAUCACAGCAUGUAGGAGGAGACAGAGGAACAUUCGAUCCAAGCUAUACAACACUGUACAUUUUGAUAAGGUGUUAACUUUCUGAUCGCAAAUUCUUAAAAUCGUCUGUGGUUUAACAGAUCAAAGUGAAUUGACUCCAGCCCUGAUCCAGUCAAUAUUCAAAGUGCUUUUAAAGGAAAUUUAUCCAGCAACUUAACAAUCAGUCACAGUUAUUCUCUUUUUUUAUUUUACAAAUUUUAUUUUUGUCGCUCCAUACUGGGGGAAAGAAAAUACAGGUUUGUACUUGUGGAUUAUUAACGGGCCCCAAUAUGCCGUUUUGUAUCAAAUUUUCUUUGACAAGAAUAAAAAGUUAACUAUUUUUGAUUUGA